AUUUCUCUCUUAAUUUGAGAAGUUUUUUAGCUGAGAAUGAACGAGUCUAUACUUUGUUGAUUUUUGAGUCAUAGGGGAAAGAUUCGAUGAAUAAUGGGCGUUGCAUAAUGAAUCUCCUUGUUCUCUGCAAUCGCCAGUGGAUUUUUUGGGCACAUAGUAGUUAGUUCAAAGGUCGGGCUUAGAACGGAUCGUCGGAAAUCAACAGUUUGUAUUCUGGAUCAUGGCGAGUACGGCGUGCUUUGUUAUCGUCAGUCGGAACGACAUUCCUAUAUACGAGGCCGAAGUCGGCUCUGUGCUCAAGAAAGAAGAAGCUGCACAUCUGCACCAGUUUAUUUUACAUGCUGCACUGGAUAUCGUUCAAGAUCUUGCUUGGACCACAAGUGCUAUGUUUUUGAAGUCGGUGGACCGGUUCAACGAUUUGGUGGUCUCUGUUUAUGUCACUGCUGGUCACACUAGAUUGAUGUUGCUACAUGAUUCCCGUAAUGAAGAUGGGAUAAAAAGCUUCUUUCAAGAUGUCCAUGAAUUAUAUUUAAAGAUUCUCCUGAAUCCACUCUAUUUACCUGGAUCACGAAUUACAUCAUCACACUUCGAUACCAAAGUCCGAGCCCUUGCGAGGAAAUAUCUGUAAUUACUACAGUUGUGGUUUUGCUUUCUAAGGUUUUGUUGCUGAGUCUGAUCACAUGCUCUUCUAUGCCCUAAUAUUGUGAUUAUCAUUUGGCUUUACUGUUUAAUUCUUUGGCAAAGCAUCUGCUAUUCUUCUAUAAAACAGUUUGUAGUGUAGUUUGGGAGAAUCUGGUUCUAUCAUUAUAUCAGUAAUCUUGCACUUUAAAUUUCU